AUGAGCCCAAGUAACGACUCCGCGCCCAAGGUGGCACUGUUUGACUGUACCAACUAUCCGUUAUGGGCGUUCAAGAUGAAGAUGUACCUCAUUUCCAAUGGGUUAUGGGAAGCGGUUAGCGACACAUCUGUCGUCUUCGAGGUGAAGCCUGCGGCAAUCGUGCUCAACUUGGGCGAUACUCAGCUCCUGCAAGAUAUAACAACGGAUAGUGCACGCGAAGCAUGGGAAGCCCUCGCACGAGUACAUCGGACUCAAGACAUGGCAAGUCGGCUUUGGCUGAAAGAGAGGUUUGAUACAUCCAAGUAUACCGCGACGGACAUGAGCACUCACAUCAUGGAGCUGGAGCGACUCGUGCUAGAGAUGAAUGAAACUUCGUGUGGACCGAGUGAAGAAGACACGUUUGCAGCAUUGCUACAAAGUCUUCCGGCACAAUACGAGAGUCUAGUGCAGGCUUCGCCUGAUUGUCAUGCAGUUCAGCUUUAA